AUGUCUUCCACCACUGCUAGAACUGUCAAGCAAAUUGUCAACGCCGUUCAGAGACCUGAAGGUGUUGGAGCUACAGUUAGAAGAUCCAUCGGUAUUAUGGGAUCGAGAAACUUCAACCCUUUCUUGAUGUUCGACCAUUUUUCGAGCGCUGGUACCAAUGGUUUCCCCGAACAUCCUCACAAGGGUCAAGAAACUAUCACCUUAAUUUUGAAAGGCGCUAUGGCCCAUGAAGACUUUACCGGCUCCAAGGGUAUCCUUUACGGAGGAGACUUACAAUUUAUGACUGCUGGUAAGGGUGUCGUUCACUCUGAAAUGCCUGUUCCAAACGAAGACGGUUCCCCUACUGUAGGCUUGCAAUUGUGGGUUGAUUUGCCAGAAAGCUUGAAAGAUGCAAAGCCUCGUUACAGAGAUUUGAGAUCUUGGGAAAUUCCUGAAGUUGUUGAACAAGACGGCAAAUUGAGAAUAAAGGUUAUUUCUGGUAAGAGUUACGGUGUAGAAUCGGUCAAGGACUUGGCCUACACCCCUGUUCAUUACUACUACUACAGAAUGAAGGCAGGUGCCACUUUCAAGCAAGAGCUUCCUAAGGACUUCAACUUCUUCUUGUACGUAUUGAGCGGUAACGACUUGGUUCUUAACGGCGAUACCAAGGUUAAGGAAUUCAACAACGUAUUCUUAAACAGCGAUGGUGACUUUAUCACUGGUGAAAACGUAUCCAAGUCAACUAAUGAAGACGAAGAAGUUGAGUUCGUCUUAAUUGGUGGCCAGCAAUUGGACCAAAAAGUAGUGCAAUAUGGCCCAUUUGUGUCCACAACCAAGGAAGGUAUCGAAAAAGCCUUUGUCGACUACAACUACGCCCGAAACGGCUUUGAAAACGUCAAGACCUGGAGGACUUUGAUCAGUAACGGUGUGACCAAGGAAAUGAUAGAAGGUCCAUUGAACGGUAACCUUGAAAAGAGAGAACAGGCAAGAUUAGCGUACUUAGCCAAGCAAAAGACGACUCCUGAAAAGGACGAACUUUAG